AUGAUUUGUCACUUUACUAACGUGUUGGAACAUGGAAAUUAUUUAUUCGAUCGAGAAGGAAAAUACGGAAAUAGAUUUUUUUGCAAUCAACAUUUCGGUUAUUCGGGAACGAUGAAACAAAAACUUACGAAAAAUCAAGAGAGAGCACACAGGUUGUCGUUGGCCAAGCAGAAGAUGAAAAGUCCGGAAAAGCAAACGUCACCGCCGGGAGUUAUAGUUAAUAAACUUUUACAAACUCCCCCGGCGGCGGAUGCGACGGAUCGCGGAGGAACACCCGAAAGAAUCGAAUUUGAAAAUUUGGCGGAAAAUGCGAGCGACGUAGAUGAAGGGCCGAGCGAAAUGGAUGAGGACGAAUGGACUGAUCGAAAUUUCGGUGCUUCCGCAGCGGAAUUUUCCAGCGACGAUGUCCUGGACGCAACGGAUUCCGAAGAAGAUGACGACGACGAUCAGGAAGAUCUUUUGGAAGAAGAAGCGCUCAUGACGGCAGACGAAACGAGAAAAGCCGCCGAAAGGUGGUCGAGAAGGCAUUCGUUGAAAUCCGGAAGCCUUCACGAUUCGGAUGAAAACGGUCACGAUUCAUGCGAAGCAGACGAUUCCGACGAUUUCGACGAAUACUCUGAAGGUAGAUACUUAUUUGAUUUAGCUCUUCUAAAUUCCACUGGAAGUGCCGGUUGA